CUAUAAGGUGUCAGGACGUGGCGGUCUAUUUCUCCAUGGAGGAGUGGGAGUAUGUAGAAGGACACAAGGAUCAGUACAAGGAUCAGGUCAUGAUGGAGGAUCAGCAGCCCCUCACAUCACCAGUCAGAUCCAGUAAGAGAACAGCACCAGAGAGGUGUCCCCGUCCUCUUCUUCCACAGGAUGAUCAGGGUGAAGAUCCGAACAAUAUUAAUGUUCCAGAGUCAGAUGUGAGCGGUGAUGAGCAGUAUAAGGAGGACAUUCCUACAGGGAAAGAAAAUGCUACAGACGUAAAGGAAGAAGAAGAGACAGAUGUGAGCGGUGAUGAGCAGUAUAAGGAGGAGAUUCCUACAGGGAAAGAAAAUGUUAUAGACGUAAAGGAAGAAGAAGAGACAGAUGUGAGCGGUGAUGAGCAGUAUAAGGAGGACAUUCCUACAGGGAAAGAAAAUGCUACAGACGUAAAGGAAGAAAAAGAGACAGAUGUGAGCGGUGAUGAGCAGUAUAAGGAGGACAUUCCUACAGGGAAAGAAAAUGCUACAGACGUAAAGGAAGAAGAAGAGACAGAUGUGAGCGGUGAUGAGCAGUAUAAGGAGGACAUUACUACAGGUAAAGAAAAUGCUACAGACGUAAAGGAAGAAGAAGAGACAGAUGUGAGCGGUGAUGAGCAGUAUAAGGAGGAGAUUCCUACAGGGAAAGAAAAUGUUAUAGACGUAAAGGAAGAAGAAGAGACAGAAGUGAGCGGUGAUGAGCAGUAUAAGGAGGACAUUCCUACAAGUAACCUCUCUGAUUCUUGUAGCAGGAGAUCAGAGGAGAAUCUUCUAUCUUCAGAUUAUAAAGCAGAUGAUGAUAUCACACAAGAUACAUAUGAAGAACAUUCCAUUAUCCCAGAUACACCCUCAGCCCUUCACAGCCAAGAUCUGUCAUCUCAUCCUUAUAUACAGGUCCUGUCUUCUCAGUCAUCACAGAAAGGUCACAGAAGGGGUGUUGGACAUCAAAGAGAUUGUGCAAGGAGCAAGCAAUAUUCAUGUUCAGAAUGUGGAAAGUGUUUUACCCAAAAAUCUAAUCUUGUUAGACAUAAGAGAAAUCACACAGGGGAGAAACCAUUUUCAUGUCCAGAAUGUGGAAAGUGUUUUACCCAUAAAUCAAAUCUUGUUAAACAUAAGAAAAUUCACACAGGAGAGAAGCCCUUUUCAUGUUUAGCAUGUGGUAAAUGUUUUACUCAGCAAUCACAUGUUGUUGUACAUCAGAGAACUCACACAGGAGAAAAGCCAUUUUCAUGUUCAGAAUGUGAGAAAUCUUUUGCUUGCAAAUCACAUCUUGUUCAGCAUCAAAAAAAUCACACAGGAGAGAAGCCAAUUCCAUGUUCAGAAUGUGGAAAAUGCUUUACUUGGAAAUCAGAUCUUGUUAAACAUCAGAGAACUCACACAGGGGAGAAGCCAUUUCCGUGUCCAGAAUGUGGAAAAUGCUUUACUCGGAAAUCGGAUAUUGUUAAACAUCAGAAAAUUCACACAGGGGUGAAGCCGUAUUCAUGUUCAGAAUGUGGCAAAUGUUUUACUCAAAAUUAUCAUCUUGCUGAACAUCAGAGAACUCACACAGGAAAGAAGCCAUUUCCGUGUUCAGAAUGUGGAAAAUGCUUUACCUGGAAAUCGGAUCUUGUUAAACAUCAGAAAACUCACACAGGGGAGAAGCCAUAUUCAUGUUCAGAAUGUGGGAAAUGUUUUACUCGGAAAGCAACUCUUCUUAUACACCAAAGAGCUCACACUGGAAAGUAACCUUCCAACUUGUCAAAUCGUACAAAUACUACGACCAUUGCAGUCAGAGUCACAAGAAAGAGUAAUAAACUAAUAUUGAAAAAGUAUGAGUGUUCCCAAAAAAUACUCAACCAAGUACUAGAAUAUUGUACCCUAAUGUAUAUAUACACCCUGUUCCAAAUUAUUAUGAACAUUUUUAUUUAAGUGUCUCAAAGAUUAAAUAUUUAGUUUUUCAGUGUAACUUAUGGAUACAUUGGCCGGCGUUUAUCAUUCUAGAUGUGAGGCUAGGUUUCCACUUGGUUCUUUUUGUACACCUAAAAAAACGCCAGAAAAACUGCAGCAGGUUUUUCCUUAGUUUUGGCAAUUUUUCUGGUGUUUUUCCUGGUGUGUGGAAACAGCCAAAUUUGUACCCUGUUGCAGUUUUUUCACUGUCUUCUGGGUACUACUCUAUGGGUCGGAUGCUGAGUGUAAAGAGAUGAGGAAGGAUGUAUAACGUCACUACUCACCUCCCCCGCCGUAUAGUAUACAGGGGGGCAUAGUGUACCCGUAUAUACUAUACAGGAGCCGGGAAUCCUGUCACCAGACUGACUCCCUACUCCUAUAGUCCCUUUGUGCGGAAUACAGAAUAUACAGCUAUCUACAGAUAGCUGUAUAUAGUGUAUACAGAACAGGAGAUCCACUUACCCUCCUCGCUCCCUGUCCCCGUCGGGUUUGUGUAGCUCCGCCCUAUUGAUGACAUCAUUAGGGGGCAGUGCUACAGACGGGAGUUAGACUAGUAAGCCUCUGUUCACAUUGUCCUUUUUGUAUAAUGUGAACAGACCCUUCUGGCAGUGUCUUCCCAGAUAGGGAGACUCCAACUGUUACUAAACUACAACUCCCAGCAUGCCCAGACAGCCAAAGGCUGUCUAAUAGACGGAAUCCAUUACUAAGCCGGGGCUU